UCCGCCAUUCGUUGACCGGAGUCGAGCCACGCUGGUACCACGCUUUUGGGCCGCCUCUUCCAGUGUUUUUGACUGCUGCUCACGGCAUUCGCGACGACGACGAACGGUUAUAGGUGAACCCCGCCACCUCGGAACCGUUUCCGUGCCACUUUCACAAACCAGACGGCGGCAGUAUCUGGGCUGGGCUGGGCUGGUGGUCUCCGGGGGCCCAUUCCGUCCGACACACAGCUGAUCAGCGGUGAUCAACCGGCCAACCGUUUCGAUAGUCGACUCGUAGUGCUCGUGUGUGUUCAACGCGUUCAGUUCAUUCAACAAUCAAAUCUGAAUCCUCUUUUCGGCAGCCAACAUGAAGCAUUUGGGCGUACUCGGAACGAUCGUCAGUCUGGCGCUGCUGGCGCACGGGUCGAAAGCAGCUGCCCCAAGUUGUCCGGAACCGCUCGGGGAGCAGGCCUACCUUCAUCCGGAUCACUGUGACCAGUUUUUCCUCUGCACCAAUGGCACGCUUACGCUUGAAACGUGCGAGAAUGGGUUGCUGUUCGAUGGUAAGGGUGCCGUCCACAACCAUUGCAACUACAACUGGGCAGUCGACUGCGGUAGCCGCAAGUUCGCCAGUGACCAGACACCGCUGUCCACACCUGGCUGCGAGUACCUCUUCGGUAUCUAUCCCGACUCGAGCGAAUGCUCCACCAGCUACCACAAGUGUGCUUUCGGCGAAGUGCACCAGGAGGUGUGCGAGCCAGGCCUAGUGUACGACCAUCGCAUCCACGGAUGCAACUGGCCCGACCUGCUGCUUGAAGUAUGCAAUCCGGAGGCAGUGGUGGGCUUCACGUGCCCGCAAUCCGCACAACCUGGAACAGCUGCCGCUCGCUUCUGGCCGUUCCCGCGAUACCCGGUACCGAACGAUUGCCACCGGUUGAUUACAUGCGUUGACGGACACCCGCGCUUGAUAACCUGUGGCGAAGGGAAGGUGUUGGACGAGAAAUCAAUGACCUGUGAAAAUCCGGAAGACGUACCGUAUGCCUGCCGCCACUAACGAAACAAUGUUCCUUGCACUUUACAAAUCAGCAUGUUAACCCUGCAAUGAUACUCUUUGUCCUUUACCUACUUUUACCUACCUGUACCUAUUUGUUGGUCGACAAAUUUCAAUCUACUUACUGAUUUCAAUUUUCAGUGGCAUCAUCACGCCAGUGCGAUGUACUUUUGUUCCAAAAUGUUACGUACAAACUAAGUUGUUUAAUCUAAAUUUAUUUUCAUCGUAACAUUUCGUAUUUGUUUCUCUACUUUCGCUUUGGAAUUUCUAACUAAAUACAUGGUCGUACAUAAUUCAUUUGCAUCCUUAUCUUUCACCUUCUAUUAUGUUGCUAUUUGCGCCUUGAGUUUUGUAUAACUCUACAUUAAACACAUGGUUAAAUCCCGUGACAGUGACAUUUGAAUAAUAAUACGUUUUGAUCGAUAUAAAAAAUACGAAAAAAUAAAAUACAAACUCUUAUUAUACGAACCGCGAAUUGCCUCGAACAUAGUGACAUAAAGUAAAAUAAUGCAGAGCAAAAGCUUCCGUCCGUGUAACGCAUU